UUCUACUCUUGUUUAAUGAAUUAAUGUAACCUACCUGAAACUUAUGUGUAAAAUGAAGAUGACAAAUAAGAGCUACCUCUAGCCCUAUAAGGACUAUAUGAUGUAUAGUAAUUAAACCAGUUAUCAAAAUAUCUGCCAGAGAGUAGCUUUGACCCAAUGAAAUGUGUCAUUGCAGGAACUUACUGAAGAGGGGUGCCAUUUCAUUCAGCCUACCAUGCUAUCCACUGGUAAUUCCACUCCCCCAACUUUCUUCCUGACUGGAGUUCCAGGGCUAGAAGCUUUUCACAUCUGGGUUUCCAUCCCUUUUUGCUGCCUUUGUGCAAUCGCCCUCUUGGGGAACAGCACCAUUCUGUAUGUAGUGAUCACAGACUCCAGCCUCCAUGAGCCCAUGUACUAUUUCCUCUCCAUGCUCUCCACCACUGACAUAGGCAUCACUAUUUCCUCUCUUCCCACAACACUGGGUGUCCUCUGGUUCAAUGCUAGGAUCAUCAGCCUAGAUGCCUGCAUUGUGCAAAUGUUCUUCCUGCAUGGAUUCACCCUCAUGGAGUCCUCUGUGCUUUUGGCCAUGGCUUUUGACCGCUUUGUUGCCAUCUGCAACCCCCUCAGGUAUGCUGUGAUUCUAACCAACUCUAGAAUUAUCAAAGCUGGUGUGGUGAUUUUUGUACGAAUGCUGAUCAUCCUGAUGCCCUUGCUCCUGCUCCUUAAGGGGUUGUCCUUCUGUGGUCCUAAUAUGCUUUCUCACUCCUAUUGCUACCACCCUGAUGUGAUUAAGUGUUCUUGCUCAAGUAUCAAAGUUAACAGCAUCUGUGGCUUAGUUGCUCUCAUUCUGACAUCGGGUGUAGAUAUUCCCUGCAUUUUACUCUCCUAUGUGCUGAUCAUAAAGUCCACCCUCAGCGUCGCCUCUCCAGAGGAGAGGCAAAAGGCUUUUGGCACCUGCAUCUCUCACAUUGGUGCUGUUGCCAUCUUCUAUAUCCCCUGGGUCAUCCUGGCUUUGGUACAUCGAUUUGGGCAUAAAGCUCCUCCGUAUAUCCAUACACUGAUGUCAAAUCUCCAUUUCCUAUUUCCCCCAGUGCUGAACCCUAUUAUAUAUAGUGUGAAGACCAAACAAAUCCGUAAAGCUUUCUGCAAGCCGUUUCCAAACACAGAUUAGCCAGUUUGACCAUGCAAUG